AGUUCCGCUUCCGGCAGCGCGAGAUAAAUCACGAGAGGAAGCUUAAAUCUGUCGUUUGAAUUUAGGACCACCUCGGUUCACAAUGGUCCGUAGUGGAAAAAAUGGUGACCUUCAUCUUAAACAGAUUGCAUAUUACAAACGAACUGGUGAAUAUCAUCCAACGACACUGCCAAGUGAGAGAAGUGGCAUAAGAAGAGCAGCAAAAAAAUUUGUCUUCAAAGAAAAAAAGCUGUUUUAUGUUGGAAAAGACAGAAAACAAAAUCGUUUGGUAAUUGUUUCAGAAGAGGAAAAAAAGAAAGUCUUAAGAGAAUGCCAUGAAAAUGACAGUGGAGCUCAUCAUGGUAUAUCCAGGACCCUCACUCUGGUAGAAUCCAAUUAUUAUUGGACAUCUGUGACCAAUGAUGUCAAACAGUGGGUAUAUGCUUGUCAGCAUUGCCAAGUGGCAAAAAAUACAGUUAUUGUAGCACCAAAACAGCACCUUCUCAAGGUGGAAAAUCCAUGGAGUUUAGUUACUGUUGAUCUGAUGGGGCCUUUUCAUACAAGCAACAGAAGUCAUGUAUAUGCUAUAAUCAUGACAGAUUUGUUCACCAAAUGGAUUGUGAUUUUGCCUCUAUGUGAUGUUUCAGCAUCAGAAGUUUCUAAAGCUAUUAUCAAUAUAUUUUUCUUAUAUGGACCUCCUCAGAAAAUAAUAAUGGACCAAAGAGAUGAAUUCAUUCAACAGAUCAAUAUUGAACUGUACAGAUUGUUUGGCAUAAAGCAAAUUGUAAUUUCUCACACCUCUGGAACUGUUAACCCAACGGAAAGUACACCUAACACAAUCAAAGCAUUUCUCUCCAAACACUGUGCUGACCACCCAAACAAUUGGGAUGAUCACCUAUCAGCUGUUUCAUUUGCCUUCAAUGUAACUCACUUGGAACCUACUAAAAAUACACCAUAUUUUCAAAUGUUUAGUCGAAAUCCUUAUAUGCCUGAGACUUCAGAUAGUCUUCAUGAAGUGGAUGGUGAUAAUACAAGUAUGUUUGCCAAAAUUCUAGAUGCAAUUAAAGAAGCUGAUAAAAUAAUGGAGAAUAAGACAACUUCACUGGGCCAGAUGGAGAACAACAAUUUGGAUGAACUAAAUAAAAGCAAGAUCAUUGUUAAAAAGAAACCCAAACAAUUAAAUCCAUUUCAUUUAAAAGUGGGUCAUGAAGUUUUAAGACAAAGGAAAAAUUGGUGGAAGGAUGGUCGUUUUCAGUCUGAAUGGGUUGGUCCUUGUGUCAUAGACUAUAUUACAGAAAGUGGAUGUGCUGUCCUGAGAGACAACACUGGGGUUAGACUGAAAAGACCUAUCAAAAUGUCCCACCUUAAGCCCUACAUAAGAGAAUCCAGUGAACAAGAAAGUCUUUAUCUCUUGCAAGGUUCAGUAGUGGCAGAUCAUGACUACAUUGGAUUGCCUGAAAUUCCGGUUGGAGCAUAUCAAGCAAAUAUUCUGGUGGAAGAUGCAACUAUUGGUAUAGUCGAUAAUGAAUUACUGACAUCAAGCAAGGAUCGUGAACUAUUAGAAUAUAGAAAUACAAAAAUCUCUCCAUUGAUAGACGAUCAUAGUUCUCUUGAAAAGCAGACUUUCAGUCUGUUGGACUCUUCAAACCAGGUUCUUGAAUACUUAAGUUAGUAAAUACCAAAAUUUAUUUGAAGUGCUUGUUUAGAAUAUAAAUUCUUAAUGAUAUCUUAUUCAUUAAAAACGUUGUAUAGAAGAAGUAUCUUGACACAUUCUUAAUGACUAUAUUCUGAAGGUUUAUUUUAUAGUUCUUAUCUAAAAUUAUGCCACAUUUGAAUAUCAGUAUACGUACAUAUGAAGGCAAAGGAAGCAUGUAAUAUAUAGAAUUCACUUUUUCUUCUAAAAAGAGAACAGGCAAAGCACCCCUACUUCUUUGGAAAUAAAUUCCAGCCCAAAUCUCUCAAACCUUUGUAUGGUUUUGGCACCGUUUCUAAGUUUUAAAUUUUCUGAAAUUCUCUACCAUUUAAACAGUAAGUUUGAACUACCUUGAAUGGAAUUGAUAAAUACUGAAUUAACUGUAACAAUGAAUGAAAUGAAGCUUCUUUCUGUUUCAUUAGAACUUCUAAAAACAAGAUUGUAUGAAAAAAUAUAGGGUUAUUUAAUAGGCUUUCACAGAAUAUUGGUAAUUUCAAAUUAUCUAAUUGGUUAGAUAGGGUCAGGAUUAGGGUCUGAAACUAUGUAUUGGUUGGGAAACAAUUUGUUUAUUUUCAUACUAUAUAUUAAAGAUAAAACCAUCGACCAGGCAUGGUGGCCCACACCUGUAAUCCCAGCGCUUUGGGAAGCCAAGGCAGGACGAUCACUUGACCCCAGGAGUUCGAGACCAGCCUGGGCAACACAGGGAGACCCUAUCUCUACAGAAAAAUGUUUAAAAAUUAGCCAGGUGUGGUGGCACAUGCCUGCGGUCCCAGCUACUCAGGAGGCUGAAAUAGGAGCAUUGCUUGACCCCAGGAGGUCGAGGCUGCAGAGAGCCACGCUCAUGCCACAGCUCUCCAGCCUGGGCGACAGGGCAAGACCUGUCUCAACAACAACAACAAAAGUAUCCAUUAAGAAUUUUUUCUGCAAUCAUAAAAUCAUAAAAUAACCACUAUCAAAGAUUUUAAACUGUAAUUUCUAUGAUAUUCAUAAAUAUAGAAUAAAUAUUGUUCAAUAAAUAUUCUAAAGCACUAUGAAAAGAACUGUGGGAAAAGUAAAAGAUGAGUCAAAUGUGUACCUCAUUCUUAUAAAGGACUUACUGUCUGGUAGGUAAUAAACUAUGUAAGCCAUGUACAACACAAGUUAAGGCAUGCUAAAUUGCAGAAGACAGGUAUAGAUAAUGUACUUAGGGAGGCGAAAAGAGAAGUUGUUUUUACAUAGGAAAUUUGUGUUUAUCCUUAUGGAAGAAGGAUCAUUUAAGCUUGACCUUGAAGAAUGUAUAGGAUUUGGUAAAUGGAUACAAAAGAAUUAGGGGAGAAGUAAUACACAGAAAUGGAAAAGUAUUGUAAUGAUUCAUAAAAAGGCAGGGCUUCUUGUUGUCUACACUGCCUCGGGUAUAAAGUGAAGAAGCAAGAUAAUGAGGGAUAAAGCUUAAAAGGUAAGUAGGAAACCUUAUGGAGAGCUUUGAAUACUAUUAAGGAUUGAUAUGUGCCCCUCCCAAAAUUUGUGUUGAAGUCUUAACCCCCACCACCUCAAAAUGUGACCUUAUUUGGAAAUGAGGUUGUUGCAAGUGUAAUUAGUUGAGAUCAUAUUUCAAUAGGGUGGGCUCUAAUACAGUAUUACUGGUGUUCUGAUAAAAGGGGAAAAUUUGAACACAGACUCAAGGAGAAUGCCAUGUGAAGAUAAAGGCAGAGUUUAAGAUUAUGUUUCUAUAUGCCAAGAAAUGACAGAGAUUGCCAGAAAACCACCAGAAGUUAGGGGAGAGGCAUUGAAUACAUUUUUCCUCAUUCCUCAGAAGACCAACCCUGUCAAUACCUUAUCUCAGACUUUUGCCUCCAGAACUGUGAGACAAUAAAAUUCUAUUGUUUCAGCCA